CAUGUCGCCGCCGGCCAACAAACCUUCGCUUUCCAACUCCAAGACCAAUCUCAUGGCUCCAACUCACCUUUUCUCGAAUAGUUCCAACUUCCAAUCAAAAUGGCGGGUCCCCGGUAGCCGUUUCUUCCCGCUCCGAUUCGUUAAUAUUAUGAACGAGGAAGCGAGACGGGUAAAGGGUUUCCCUCGAAUUCAAGAUGACUUAUUCCGGUGACCGGGAAACCGACGAAUCAGUCGGAACCCGUUUGCUCAGAAUCAUUCUACAGGAAACCCUUCGCGAUAAGAAGCUAUUUUGGCAUCAAUGGAAGGACACAAUGGUGAAAUUUGCUGUUGGAAAGAAGUAAAAGCUCAUUAGUCAUUUCACUUUGUUUCAGACCCUUGGGAAAAGUGAGCAAAGCUCAAAAUAUGAUGGUGGUAAAAA